CCCAGUGCCGGGCUAGGCGGGCCUCGGCGUGCCCCCAUUGUGGCCUUUGGCGCCGUGGCGUAUGGGCCUCCGCAGGUGCCGGCCGCUUGUGCCAGUGGUGCAGAUAGAAAGACCGGGCGCGGGUAUAGUUGAGUUUGGAUGGAGGCCCGCAAGCGGCCCUGCGCCCCUCCGCGCAUUCGGUGGCGCGCAGGGCGGUCUGAUUUUUGGCUUGGCGCGCUCGCUUUCGGCGCUGCCAUACAAACGCCUCCUUCAGUCUUAGCCGUUGUUCGCAGUGUCGGCAAUCUUGUGGACCCAUCUUGCCGCAGUAUGGGGUCGGCCUGCGCAGAACGCGCUUUGUGUCCUCUCGUAGGUAUCGCUGACGUGAUAGCGGCAGCGCGGUGGCGAACGCCAUCGGCGCAUGAAGGCAUCGCUGUACACACCUGAAGCUGCUCGCUGACUUUCCGUGUAUGUGGUGUGUGUUCAUCAUGUUCAUAUAUCGUUCGAGUGACGAGCGGCGAGGCCCAGGGAAGAGUAGUUUGAGUGAUGUAAAUGGAGAGCAGAGUCUAGCUGAAUGGUGUCGCAGUCGUUUAUAAAUCACGAAUUGAUAGUACUUACAAAGACAACCACUACCCUGAUUGUGCUCGAGUGUGGGCAGUCGUGUGAGGGCGACGGCGCUACGUUGAUCCCAAUGUUGUGUGAGUUGUAACUAAGUAGCUAAACUGUACUACUCCACUGAUGGAAAACUAAGUAUGGCAUCAGUAAUGCGAAAAUCUGUAGGUGCAUGAUGGUAUCAAAUACGAAGAACCGAAGAAAAACGUUAACGUAUCCGGUGCCAGUAGCUAGAAACAGCUCAAAAUCAUGGGUCUCGGAGUAAACUAUUUUCUAGCCGAACUAAUAUGGCCUGCGCCUGUUCCUUCGUCGAAGAGCCGUCCUACAUGUGAGAACUCCUGGAGCAACCUGCCUACCUCGAUCACCACGUCUGCGGGAGUGACAAGGAGAUAUUCCACCAAUUCAAUCAAGGCGACGAGCACAGCUUUUCUGAAAGCCAACACUGAUGUCAGCGCUUCUCACGUGCAUCCCAGCUUGCUGAGGCCUGCAAAACGCGCUAACACCCAAGAAUCGGUUGUUUCGAAGCUGCGCACUGCUUUUCCUGAAGAAGAUAUUAAAGGAGAACCAGCUGGUAAAGAUGCUCCCGGUGAUCCUCCUCCUGGAGCCGCGGGUGAUAAAGUUCCUGCACAUGAUGCGCCUGCUGGAGACGAUACUGCAUCGCCGCCAGCGACGGGAGGGGAAAACCCCGAGGCCGGAGCAGGUGGUGGCGGUCCGGAUGCGGGCGCUGCAGAUGAACCAAAGAAAGAAGAUGCAGCAGCACAACCACCCGCCGGGGAGAAGGGGGUGGAAGGAGCGGAAGAGGGUGCCGUGAAAAGCGAAGAGCCAGGUGAUGCUACACCAUCUUCUGCACCCGGGGGAGAACAAGCAGCUGGUGAGCAGCAUACUGGGAAAGACAACGAAGGACAGGCUCCUGCGGCCGGACCAGGACCAUCAGAAGAGCAUAAAGAUCAGCCACCCGGACCCGCUGCGCAGGGAGAUGAAGAACACAAGAAAGACGUCGCAGAGGUUGACUCUCCUCCCCCACCUCCCUCACCAGAAAUGGCUCCUCCGGCCACGGACGACGCUCAAACCACCAAGGAUUUGGGCGCCGCCCCCGAGGAAAACGAUACCGAAUCCAAGGACGACACCAAGGCCGAGAAUGGGCAGGCAACCAGCCCGCUGGACUCGAAGCAAUCCGCCGCCGAGGACGUGCGCAAAGACGGCGUUCUGACGAAGAAACUGGACCAAAAGGCGGUCGAAGAGCAGGAGGAGGCGGCGAAGCGGCUGGCGAUGGAUCCGCAGCCGCUAGAAUCGAUAGCGGCUCCGGGUCGCAGUUUGAAAAAGUUUGACGGCGGCGGUGGAAAGAGCUUUGCGAAAAGACCGGAACCGGAACAGAAAAAGUACGUGAAGGAAUUGCUGAGCGUGUAUUCCAGCCGGAUGGACGAUCUGAAGCAGGUUUCCAAGAAAUUGAACACCUUAAACAAGUUGUACGUGCAGGAGAAGGAGAUGAUUGACAAGGCCGGGAAAAUCGAAUCCACAAUCUCCCACGCCACACCCGGAUUGAAGUGUGCAGCGUGUGCGUUCCUGCCGGAAUUGGCGCACAGCGGGACGAAGCAGGAUAUUUGCGGAGGGGACUGUGCGGGCGGGGUGCUGGGCGGUGGUGGGAAAGGCCAGGCGUGAGGUGCGGUUCUUGGUUUCCUCGUGUAGAAACGUACUGACUUGUAUGAUCGCACUGUUGAGGACAAGUUCUUGAGCUUAUCUGUAAAAUCUGAAUGCAGUAAAUUUUCGGCUCUCGUCCCGAAAGCGGCUAUACACAAAUCAAUGUAGAAGCGCUCGUGUAGUUGCAUGAGAAUAAAGACUUCAUUGAGAAACUGAUUUCACCGUGAGGCUACCGCUGCGAUAACCAAGAAGGUAUGGAUUUUCCCGGCAACAACUGAAAUUCUGUGGUAGCUAGUUGGUUCGUUCUGGCCUGCUACGUCGGUCUUUCCUGCAGGCGCGAAACGCAGUCAUCAAUCAUGUUCUUACAUUUUGAUUCGGUUUUGAGUUUUUUGCUAUCUCUUCCUCUUGCUUCAUGCGGUCAACGCAUGCUGGCGCUGGCGUGGCGUCGUGCUCAUUGUCGCUUCAAAUUAAUUCUCUAAGGUGUCUUCAACAGCAAUCGCAAAAUGUCUACAACUUCUGCAAAAUCAAAUCUGUGCUGUCAACCGCCCAGAGGUCGAUAUCAUUUUUACCAAUAAAGAGUAUAAAAUGAAGCUGACCAUCUCCUACAAAGACACCACGUUCACGCUGGAAAACAUCAACCUGGAGAAAGACACCUUGAAGAUUUUGAAGCAAAAAAUUUCCGAACAUCCUGCGACGAGCAAUUUGCCGGAAGAAAAACAACUGCUCUACAUUAACGUCACAACCGAAGACCGCGAGAAAAUGUCGAAGGCCGUGAGUUGCGCCGCAGCGAUGAUAGCAGACAAGGAGCUGCGUGGGGAAUCAAUGUUGCUAAAGACUUUGUUUCAGGGAGCCGGGGCGCAGCCAUCAAUUCUAUUGCGAAGGAGAUUCUGA